CCCGCGCUCCGCCGCCUCCGCCCGCAGCCGCCGCGCCGCGUAUGGGGGUCGCGGGCCGCGGCUGCCCCGGGGCGGCCCGGGCGCUGCUGCCUCUGCUCUUGCCGCUGCUGCUGACGGCGGCCGCCCCGCCCGGCCGAGGCCGCGGCCCGGGGCCGCCGGAGGAUGUGGACGAGUGUGCCCACAGGCUAGAUGACUGUCACCCUAAUGCCCUGUGUCAGAACACACUCACUUCCUACAAGUGCUCCUGCAAGCCUUGCUACCAAGGGGAGGGCAGGCAGUGUGAGGACAUUGAUGAAUGUGAAAACGAGCUCAAUGGAGGCUGUGUCCAUGACUGUUUGAAUAUUCCAGGAAAUUACCGCUGUACUUGUUUUGAUGGCUUCAUGUUGGCUCAUGAUGGUCAUAAUUGUCUUGAUGUGGACGAGUGCCUGGAAAACAAUGGCGGCUGCCAGCACACCUGCCUCAACAUCCUGGGGAGUUACGAGUGCCGCUGCAGGGAGGGGUUUUUCCUGAGUGACAAUCAGCACACGUGCAUUCACCGCUCUCAAGAGGGUCUGAGCUGCAUGAAUAAGAAUCAUGGCUGUAGUCACAUCUGCAAGGAGGCCCCAAGGGGCAGCGUCGCCUGCGAGUGCCGGCCUGGUUUUGAGCUGGCCAAGAACCAGAGAGACUGCAUCUUGACCUGUAACCAUGGAAACGGCGGGUGCCAGCACUCCUGUGAAGACACAGCUGAAGGCCCGGAGUGCAGCUGCCAUCCACAGUACAAGCUGCUCGCAGAUGGGAGGAGCUGCCUGGAGCAAGAGGACACUGCCCUGGAGGUACCAGAGAGCAAUGCCACAUUAGUGGCGGAUGGGGAUAAACGGGUGAAACGGAGGCUGCUGAUGGAAACGUGUGCUGUCAACAAUGGAGGCUGCGAUCGCACCUGUAAGGAUACCUCGACAGGUGUUCAUUGCAGUUGUCCCGUUGGAUUCACUCUCCAGGUGGACGGGAAGACCUGUAAAGAUAUUGAUGAGUGCCAGACCCACAAUGGAGGCUGUGAUCAUUUCUGCAAAAACACCGUGGGCAGUUUUGACUGCAGCUGCAAAAAGGGAUUUAAAUUAUUAACUGAUGAGAAAUCCUGCCAAGAUGUGGAUGAAUGCUCUUUGGACAGGACCUGUGACCACAGCUGCGUCAACCACCCGGGCACAUUUGCAUGUGCUUGCAGCACAGGGUACACACUCUAUGGCUUUACCCACUGCGGAGACACCAAUGAGUGCAGCGUCAACAAUGGAGGCUGUCAGCAGGUCUGUGUGAACACAGAAGGCAGCUAUGAAUGCCAGUGCCACCCUGCAUACAAGCUCCACUGGAAUAAAAAAGACUGUGUGGAAGUGAAAGGGGUCCCGCCCACUAUGCCCACUAGUGUACCAUCUCACGUGUCCCUGCACUGCAGUAAGAGUGGUGGAGGAGAAAGGUGCUUCCUGAGAUGUCACUCUGGCAUUCGCCUCUCUUCAGGACUGCAAGAAGCCUACUCUGUCACCUGCGGCUCUUCCUCUCCUCUUGGGAACAAACAGCAAAAAUCAAAUGACUCUGCUUUCGGGGAUGUCGCCACCAUCAGGACAAGUGUAACCUUUAAGCUAAAUGAAGGCAAGUGUAGUUUGAAAAAGGCUGAGCUGUUUCCCGAGGGUCUGCGGUCAGCACUACCAGAGAAGCACAGCUCAGUAAAAGAGAGCUUCCGCUACACAAACCUAACAUGCAGCUCUGGCAAGCAAGUCCCGGCAGCCCCUGGCCGACCAAGCGCCUCUAAGGAAAUGGUUAUCACUGUUGAGUUUGAGCUUGAAACUAACCAAAAGGAGGUGACAGCUUCAUGCGAUCUGAGCUGCGUCGUGAAGCGAACAGAGAAGCGGCUCCGGAAAGCCAUCCGCACGCUCCGGAAGGCUACCCACAGGGAGCAGUUUCACCUCCAACUCUCAGGGAUGGACCUUGAAGUGGCUAAAAACUCUCCCAGAACAUCUGAACCCCAAGUGGAGUCCUGUGGAGUGGGCCAGGGCCACGUAGGAGAUCAGUGUGUCAGUUGCAGGGCUGGGACAUAUUAUGAUGGAGUACAAGAACGCUGCCUUUUAUGUCCAAAUGGAACCUUCCAAAAAGAAGAAGGACAAAUCACAUGUGAACCGUGCCCCAGACCAGAAAAUCCCGGGUCUCUGAAGACCUCAGAAGCUUGGAAUGUGUCUGAAUGUGGAGCUCUGUGCCAACCUGGUGAAUAUUCUGCAGAUGGCUUUGCACCCUGCCAGCUCUGUGCCCUGGGCGCAUUCCAGCCUGAAGCCGGCCGUACUUCCUGCUUCCCCUGUGGAGGAGGCCUUCCCACCAAACACCUGGGAGCCACUUCCUUUCAGGACUGUGAAACCAGAGUUCAAUGUUCUCCUGGACAUUUCUACAACACUACUACCCACCGCUGUAUUCGUUGCCCAGCAGGCACCUAUCAGCCUGAAUUUGGAAAAAAUAAUUGUGUUUCUUGCCCAGGAAAUACAACAACUGACUUUGAUGGCUCCACAAACAUAACCCAGUGUAAAAACAGAAGAUGUGGAGGGGAGCUGGGAGAUUUCACUGGGUACAUCGAAUCCCCAAACUACCCAGGCAAUUACCCUGCCAACACUGAGUGCACCUGGACCAUCAACCCGCCCCCCAAGCGCCGCAUCUUGAUUGUGGUCCCUGAGAUCUUCCUGCCCAUAGAGGACGACUGUGGAGACUACCUGGUGAUGCGGAAAACUUCUUCGACCAAUUCUGUGACAACAUAUGAAACCUGUCAGACUUACGAACGCCCCAUCGCCUUCACCUCCAGAUCAAAGAAGCUGUGGAUUCAGUUUAAGUCCAAUGAAGGGAACAGUGCCAGAGGGUUCCAGGUCCCGUAUGUGACAUAUGAUGACAGGUGUGGUAUCUGGUUGCCAAGCCCAGAAGAAUGGAAAUCCCAUUUAGAAGGGGCAGGUGGGGCUGCUGGAGACUAGCCCCCGACCACUGGAGAACAGGAGGCACCGUAGUGGCUGACAUGUGCUGAGCAUCACUCAGCACCAGGCUCCUAAGUGCCUUUGACGCAGCACAUUCCCCACAAUCACCCAUGAAGUAGACUCAGUUCUUUCCUGAUUUUACAGAGGAGGCCACUUAUGCUCAGACAUUUAAGUGAUCUGGGUCACAGCAGGACAAAGCUGCAGACAUCUUUGGGACUCCAGGGUCUGAGUUCUUACUUAUAACACCUGACUGCUUUUUUCAUGACAGCUGGAGCAGGGAGGCAACACAGUAAUUCUUAAAAACAGAAGAAAUAUUUUUAAAAAGACAGCAGUCUGGAAGUAUUUGGCAGAGGGGCAAACAGCUGUCCAGUUCUCUCAGGCCAGACACAGCACAGCAACUGAUGUUCCUGAAGGUGAACUCCCAUCCUCCAAAGGGGCUGGUUCCCUAAGGUGGAGAUGCUGCAGAGGCAUUCAAGAUAAAAAACAUGUGCCUUUAUUCACAUUUUAUAUGCACUAAAAUAAAAGAAUAAGAGGAAAGAUAUCACAUGAAUAGAGUACCAGUGAUAUUAUACAUGUAUUAAAUUAUGAAUAUUA